CGCAACGGUUGAAGAGAUGUGGCGGUAGUGGGGGAUGGGCAUGUUGCAGUCAAGAUGGCUACACGAACAUGACAGCAAGUCGAUACGUCCGACGUCAUCAACAACGCUGAAGAAGCUUGCAUGGACAUGUGCCAGCUUCAGUUUGGUCUUAUGUGAGCAUCUGAUCCGCAAGGCAAGUACUGACGCAUUUCAGCUGAGCCACUCGCUCUUUUGCCGGUGGAAAAGUUCGCGAGCUCAGAAGACGUCACGCCGAACUUUCGUCGCGAAUCUCGAGCACAGCCCAGUGCGUGCCGAACAAACGAGGCUGUCGUCGUCCUCUGCAUUGCGAGCGCAUGCAGCCAGCAGCCACGCGAUUAAUACACGCAACGGAAUCUUCUCCAAAUCGCGGACGCUAAUGGACUCAUCGAAAAAAACAAAGAGGUUGUCGGAUUGCCACCGGUCAACUUUCCGAUCUCGAGCGCCUGGAUUCUGCCGCAACACGAUCGCUAGCUUUUGUGGGUAGACAGCGCUGUCAAAAUGCGGUCUUUCCUCUUCAACCUGUCGUUGCCAGCCCAGCCGUUGCCCGCACACACCGCAUUUUGCAGACCAGCUGUAACCACCGCGCUUCUAUUGUGAUCGUUUUGACAUUCACUCUGCUUCCGCUUGGUGAAGCGACGUAAAAAAUAAACAACAAGGCGAUUGAUCUACGAAUUAGGCACAGACUUCACUUCUCCUUUUGCCUUGUUGCUCACAGUCUGCGACCUUCCAUCGAACAAUACACCACCCACCACCUAACAAUGGACGUUGACAUGUGUCUCCCCACCUCAGGGAGAACUCGGCGCCGCGCUCGUCCUACCAGCACUCGUUUACCCGUCAAGUCUUCCGCGCUACUCGCAGUUCUACUUACACUGGACAAUGUCAACGGCCAGACGCUGCUUCGAGGCCUGAAGACGCCUCUGGAUGUCCAUAACGACGUACAGCGACUGCUGGCAGGAGGAGACGAAGAGGGAAACCCACACUGCAACAACUCGGCCUCGUUCUUGGGGGUAGGCAACACUCAAUGCCUGCACGAGAACCUCCGCACUGCCGUGUUUCUACUGACCGUGAUCGUGGCCGUGUCGAUCGGGGUGGACCGACUUAUCCACCACAUUCGCGCCGCCAUUAAAUGUCCGCAGCUUCGUAAGAUCGUGAACCGCAUCUUCGAGGAAGUGAUGAUCUUGGGCUUCUUGUCCAUGGUAAUCUUCACGCUAAACACGAGUGGAGCGUUGAAGUCUUUGGCGUUGAACAACCUCACGGCGUCGGAACAACUGCAUUUCUACGAGUUCUUCCACUACAUCGUGUUCCUCACUAUGAUCUACUUCAUCGUGAUUGUAUUACUACUGCUUUUCAUCGGUACAGUCGUACCAAAACUCGUCUGGGAGAUCAAAAACCACCCGGAUCAAAGUCGCGAGAGCAUCAGCGACAUCCACGACGACACGUACUCCUCACAAUACCCCAGUUUUAUCGGCAGUGACGACUGCGGCGGCACCCGUCGCAUGCGGCAUUCCUUUAUCCGAGACGCGUCCUCGUUGGCUCGCGAUCUUAAUCCUUACAGCUCAGGAAGCAGCUUCAUGGACGAUGGAGAUCGCACGCUUGACACGCCGUCUGACGACUGCUACAUUGCCAUGCGCGGUCGUCAACGCUCAGACGCAGACGGAGUGAAUCGGAUGGGUAGAGCGAGAGCUCCAUCCGGCAUGGAUCUGGUCAUGGGAUCGCGCGCGUACAGUCUCCUACUGCAGAGAUAUCAAAGGGAAGGCUGGUGGUUCCACUUCAACAUCCGCAAGCAGUGGAAUCUCUGGAAAAGUUUUGAAAUCCUCGCGUACAACAUUUGUCAGAACCGGAGUGGCUACAUUUACAAAAACCCAUUGGAGAUGGAGCGUUUAUUUGGCGUCCGACCAACGCGUUGGGCUGAACAAGAGCAAGAGACCGAGGAAGCCAAGAACCGGAUGACAUACGCCAAGUACCAUGUGCUCUGUAUGCGCAACCUGCUGUACCACAUGACGAACAUCCACCCAAGUGCGUUCCUAAUCCUGCUCGUCAUUUGUCUGCUGCCGUCAUUUUUUCCCAAUCAAGACCACUGGAUCUUCAUUGGCGUUGGAGGCUUGCUGUUGCUAGUGAACGUCGUCAUCUUCUUCAAAGUAUUGAAGAUCUUACGUGGCAUCGUUGACGACCGUCUCCGUAUUAUCACCAACAGAGAUAUCCAAGCACGACUUGACAAGGUGAUCAAAAAUUCAGGAGCGCGUAACAAAAGUCGACCAAGCAAGCGCGACCAGAACUCUGAUGCUGACUCUCCUCCAGUAUCUGUAGAUGACUCGACCGAGGAGGACUCCAAUCCCGCUGAAUAUGGUCGACACAAGAAGGCUCCGAUGAAGUUCAAGGCCGCGGCUCUGGCUGUCCGCGCUGUAAUCCGCAUGCAGAUGUCAGCAUUGUGUCACCGACAGCUACACCACCACGACGAUCGAUUCUGGUUCAACAGUCCGAAGCUGCUCCUUCGACUCUUCCAGUUCGCGACAAUUGGUCAAGCUUUCUACUUGGUGUGGCUUUCGCUCGUGGAGAUCAGCAGUAUGACGAAUUCUUCAGCCUCCAAUGGUGGCGGAUCGGCGCUCUUGGCUCUCAUGGUGAUUUUCCCAGCGUUGUCGCUCUUUGUCAUCACUCCACUUACAAUGCCGAGUCUUGUGCUGGUUAUGAGCUUAACCGGUAUCUUUGUUGAUCUCAAUGCCAGCAAUGGCGAAGAGGAAGGUAACCACCGCAAUGUGACCCAGGAAGAAGUGAAGACCCACACGAGGAUCAUACGGCGCUCGUUCCUCAGAAGUCACUACAGUGAAGGAGCUGGCUAUCAACCGCCUCCUAUGACACCUCCACUUCUGCCCGCAGCGUCGCCAGCUUUACCAGAACCAAUCCCGGACAUGAGAAACUCUGUGGCUUCUCCGACAAACGUGUUUCUUCGCGUUUAUGACUCUCCAGCCGAUGCACGACGCAGCUCGGCACCAUAUUACCAUGGUAACAAUACCGGUAACAGCUCUAUCGGCCGUAGCAACUCGCUUGGAAACAACCCACUCACUCGCUGGAUGAGUCACAGUCGAUCGGUUGGCAGCAUCGGCAGUGCUGGUGGAGAUGACAAUGGAUACAGUUCAAGACGAGCAUUUAAUCUCGCAGCCUUCCAGUCGAUGAGCACCGUUAAUACGAUGCCUGUCGCGAACAAUAAUGAUGAGAACCCGGCAGCUCAAUCGGCGUCCUCCUUCUCUAGUAGCACAGGCAGUGGGUGCAGGAGUCCUAGACCAAACAGGAUGGAGCUCAACGUACCUGGUCCGACCAUGAACUGGAGCCAAGCAAACGUUGAGCCGGAAGUACAACUCGGCAACAACGCUGCAGACGACAACAACGAGCAAGAGAACGAUCUGGAACAGAUCGCCAGUCCCGUAUCGGCCACCUUCAAGAGCUACUGCUCCAAAUACGGCGGAUACCCAGACUUGUAGUAAGCAAGUCUACCGUUUCUAUGGUGUCUGUCGUGCUAUAACAAAUCAAAUAACAAAUAAGAAUCACAAAGGAGACAUUACUAUCAACGCAGAACUCACAUAGACGCUCGCUUCUGCGCUUUUGAGUAGGGAGCCAACCAUCAACAAGUGAGUGAGGAAAAUGAAUUUCUUUAAGCCCU